CAGUCGUAAGCCAGCGCUCGUCGGGCUUCGGUUGUGUGGAUUCAGUCUACUUGGAGUCUGCUUUUGACGCGCAUCGACACUUUGGCCAGUCGCUCUGUGGCAUUCAACGAACUCAGAAGCCCCGUUUCGGUAUCGAGCUCUCCAAAACGAAUUACAACAUUUGGAUUACAAACUUAAAGCCAAAAGCCAGCAAAGACAGUGAAGUGCAUUGAAGUUGGAGCCAGAUUUGGACUGCAACUGGGAGCCUAGUGGCGGUGCAGUGGAAUUAAAGUUCAAUAAGGCACGACUAAUUAAUGAGCCAGCACGGCAGUGAAUAAUGAUGGCCACAGUCGAGGAGCGAGGCAUGCAACACCUGCGAGCACAUCGUAUCUGCAUCUCCAAUGGAAAUGGAAAUGGAAAUGGAAGUGGCCAGUAGUUGUGUUUGCCCUAUGCAAAGUGUGAAGUGAAGAGCCAAGCCGAGCCGCUAACAUGUUAAAAAUUAACGUUCAUUUCAUUGUUCAUGCAUAGUUGAAUUGCCUUUUAUUGCUAAUUGCAUGCAAAACGAAUUCCGAAUUCCGAAUCCUAAAACCGAAAACGAAUCCGAAUCCGAAUCCGAAUCCAACAACAGUUAAAGAGUGAGCUAAAGAUUUGCAUCUGUGCAUUCCGUAAGUGUUAAUCGGAUACAGACUCUGAGGAUGGUCACCUGCAAAGUGGACUCUCAGAGUGCAGUGGCCAUACCCAAAAUGAAUUCCGUGCGGGCGGCGCGUGGCAAAGCAGCGACCGGCAGCAGUAACAGCAACAGCAACAGCAACUCUUCCGGCUUUCGGCUAUUGGACGGCGAUCAGCUCGAAAAUAAUUCGAGUGUCAGUCGAAAUUCGAUAUACAAACUGAAGAUUGAUUUAAUGUUUGACGAUUCCAGAUCCAUGCGUAGCAGCCGCCUCGAUGAUCCUCGUGGAUCGCAUCGCACGCGCUCCAUCAUCAUGUAUGGGCGUAGUGAGUUGGCCAGCACCUCGGGGGCCAAGAGCAGCUUCCUGCAGGAGUCCAACGAGUCGGCCAAGGUGCUGGCCGAGGCGGCCAAGAAGGAUGUGCAGCGGAUCAGCAACAGUGUGCAGGCCCAGAUCGAGCAGCUCUUCACGGAUGUGGCUAAGGAUGCCACCAGCAGCUUUGAUGUCACCUGCCUGGGCUCACUGCCGCUCAAAGAUAAGGUGACGAGUCUCCAGGGACUGCAGGAGCCACUGCGUCAACUGUACCUCACUGAGGUCUCCAAUAAGAAGCUCGGCUCGGGUUCGUUGGAUAUUUGUGCCACUGGAUUGCGUGUGAAGAUCAGCAGUGGGCCAAUCCCAAAGGGCGGCUCAGACGACAGUGAGGCUCACAUUACGCCAUUUCACAACAUUGCCGUGUGGUCGGCGGUGAAGUUUGUCAUCUCCGCGGAUGAUGGCGGUGCCGCCUUUCUGCCACUGAUCACCGAUCCCGAAAAUAUCGACAAGACUGCACUGUUUCAGCCGCUAAGUUCCAGCGAAGAAUUGGCUGUGGAGCACAGCAUACACGUUCAUGCACCCAUCUUUGCGGUUGUCAUGCGUUCUGCUAGUUCCCCGAAGAUCCUCGAGUGCCAUGGCUUCAUCUGCAAGAGCACCGAGGAUGCCAUCGUGAUAGCGGCCACCCUCUACCAGAGCCUGAUGGCCCACGUCAGCACCAAUUCGCAUCGGAGUACGAAACGUCGAACGCCGCGCCAGCAGAACGGCGUCAGUUGCAUCAGCAUUGCCAGCAGCUCGGCCAUGACCAGCUCCAACUAUCUGUCCCGCUCCCAGAUGACGCCCAGUGCCAGUGGGCGACGCAGUUCCUUUCGCGCGGGCACCGGCGCCUCCGGCACGCCCUCCCGCUCCGUGCGCAAGAAGCGCGUCUCCAGCAGCUCGCUCAGCUCCAACAGCAACAUCAUCAAUGAGGCCGCCGAGGUGGAAACGUCCACGGAGGAGCGCAAGCGCAAAUCCCACAAGUCCAAGCGUGCCCCCCCAGUGCCCACAACGGUGCCGGGUUCUGGCUCCGGCUACAAGGGCGCUCCCACGCGCAACGGCAGCAUCGUGUGCAGCAAUGGACACGUGAGCCGACUGCAUCAUCACAGCAAAAAGCCAGCAGGAGCGGCUGCAACCAGUGGCUACAAGGGUGCGGAUUUGGUAGGCACUGCUAGUGCCAGCAACGGUGGAGGUGGCGAGGCGGCCAAUGGGGACAUACUGACACGCGUGGCCAUACCCAGAUCUGGCAGCUUCCUGAACACCGGCGGCCUGACACGCUACAAGUCGCGGGCGGCGCGCCGUCACUCGGGAAAGUUGGGCGGCGGCGGUGGCGGAGGUUCCCCACUUGGUUUCAGCGAGCUGUUCAAUGAAUUUCGCCUGCACGAGAAUCUGCACUCCCUGGAUGACAUUCUGUAUGCCAUUAUCGAUGCCGAUGGCAUGUCCUUCAACGAUCUAAAGCCCAUCUACAAGGAGUUCCUGCUCAAGCUGGCCGUCACACUCACCCAGGACGAGCUCUUUCAGCGCUCCAAGAACAUCAUGCGACGGCAAAAGAAGAAGAAACAGAAGCGCAAGGCCAGUGUAAAUGGGUCACAGAAGAAAUCCAAGAGCAGCUUUUUUGGCCUCAAGAAAAUGUUCCAACUGGGACAAUUUCGCUCGUGCCGCGGCAAGCUGGACAAGUCCAGUCCAAAAGCCAAGGAGGCGGCCUCAACGCUGGGCAGCCAGGGCAAGCGUAAGAUUAGUGCGCCCAUCAUCAUUGGGCCACCCAUCAGCCACCACGUGCAGAACCAGCAGCAGCAGCAUCAACGCAAUCGAGCGGCCACCAGUGGCUCGGAUGUGUCCGUGGUGCGCAAUGAGCACGCCCUGCAGGGACUCAACAGAAACAGCAGCAGCGGCUAUGUCUCCUGCUCCGAGUGCAGCUACGACUCCGAGAGCUGCACCUGCGCCUCCGCUGAUCGCUGCUACUGCAGCCUGCGCACCGAGCAUCUCAAUCACAAGCUGCGCCAGAAGAACGAGCGCACCAUGGCCAUGGCCAACUCGCGUAAGCCCGCGGGAACGCUCAACCCUGUGGUGGGUGCGGGCGCAGCAGCCAGCAAUCGCCACUCGCUGAUCUCGUGCAAGUCGGAUGACAAGUGCUACUGCUCCAUGGUCGAGGAGGAGCCGGCCAGCACGCUGGAGCACGACUCGGUCAAUACGCCCUCGGAGACGACCACGUCCUGCGACUCGGACAGUUGCAUCAGCGCCAGCAAGUGCUACUGCAAGCGAACCCAUCGCCGGCAGCGUGCCCUGGCAGCGGCAGCCAUCAGCGAGGAUUCCCUGUCGCAGCAGCGCAAGGCGCGACCCAGUGGCGGUGCAGCACGGAAGGGCAAGUCCGCCGAGAAGCUGGGCCUGGACUACGAACUCUUCAGCAUCAGCGGCAACAGCGGCAAGCCCGUUCAGCCGCACGAGGCGCUCAGCGUGAAGAAGAGCGUGGAGGCGGCCGCCGUCUUUGCGGACAUGAAGCUCAGCCAGACGACGGACAUCAAGAGCCUGUGUCCGCCCAUGCAGGCACAGAAAGCGAUGCGUGCGGCCAAUGGCAGUUGUCGCUCAUAUGUCUCCUCCCGGAAAUCCUCGUACCGUGCGCGCGAAUCCUUUAGCACGGAUCGCUUGGGUCCCAUGGCCAUGCCCAUCCCGCUGGGACCUGGCAGCGUGGGUGCAGCACAUAAGACAUACAGCGCUGACAAUCUGCUGCUCAGUAUGAAGGCCAUUGAAAAGGCAGCGUCCAUCAGGAGCAAUGUGAGCCGGAGUCGCAUGGGCAGCUACCAGUCGAUGCGGGCUGUGAGCGCCUCGCUUGAGGACUCGCUGGGGUAUUUGCCAUAAAAGCAUAAAACAUUAACUAAUACUCGGAUCUGCAUAAACAUAAUCGUACGCCAGCUUAGGGCUUAUGUUUCCCAAGACAAUUGCUGUUGAAUCAUAAUUCUCCUGCGAAACGUAACCCCCCAAUCUCUAGGCCUAAGUUUCUACUUUUAAGAACAUCAAGUGUGAAUUUAUUUAUAAGAUUUGAAUCGUAGUUUAUCAAUGUGCAAUAUGAAGACCAUUCCAAGUGGGACAAGAGUCCACCAACCACACAACGCAGUGCAAUAUUUAUAAAGAUUUCUAAU